AUGGUCGUCGACACUGUCCCUGCCGGGGAGCUGCCCCCGGCCUCGGCCCUUGCAAUCUGGCUCCACUCGGUCUUUGACACGGUCGCACACAACUUCAACAGGCUGCCCGGAAGCGCAAUCUUCCUCCGCUACGUCGCAAGCAGCUACCAAAACGACCCCAUCCGCUCCCUCCUCGAGCUCUUCCUCGUCGUCUUCGCCAUCCGCACCGUCCUCCAGAGCCGCACACGCGGAGGCGCAAGCGGCAAAAACUUUGUCCAGCUCAGCAACCGCGAAAUCGACGAGCUCGUAAACGAGUUCUCGCCCGAACCCCUCUGCCUCCCCCUCACCCCCGCAGAGUCGCGCGAGCUCGCCUCCGUCCCCACCAUCAUCGGCGGCGCGUCCAGCAAGCCAAAGAUCAGCAUCGCCGCCCACAACGCCGGAAAGCCCAUCACCGUCACCAACCUCGCCAGCUACAACUUUACCAACCUCGCCGGCCACGACGCCGUAAAGGAAAAGGCCAUCCAGGCGCUCCGAAAGUACGGCGUCGGCAGCUGCUCGCCUCCCGGCUUCUACGGCACCAUCGACGUCCACAUGCAGCUCGAGUCCGACAUUGCACGCUUCCUCGGCGUCGAAAACUGCAUCAUCUACAGCCAGGGAUUCAGCACCAUCUCGUCCGUCAUCCCCGCCUUUUCGAAGCGCGGAGACAUCAUUGUUGCCGACCGCGGCGUCAACUUUGCCAUCCAGAAGGGCAUCCAGGUGUCGCGCUCCACCGUCUACUGGUACGACCACAACGACAUCGACUCGCUCCGCGCCGCCCUCGAGCAGGUCAAGCACGACGAGCGAAGGCGGCGCGGCCCGCUCACCCGGCGCUUCAUCGUCACCGAGGGCAUCUUUGAGGGCGACGGCGCCAUGAUCGACCUGCCCGCCAUCCAGGAGCUCAAGCGCAAGCACAAGUUCCGCCUCAUCCUCGACGAGAGCAUCAGCUUCGGAACCGUCGGCGCAACCGGCCGCGGAAUCACUGAGCUGCAGGACGUCGCCGCCAAGGACGUCGAGAUCAUUGUCGGCUCCAUGGCCAACACGCUCGGCUCGGCCGGAGGCUUCUGCGCCGGCUCCAACGAGGUCGUCUACCACCAGCGCAUCAACGGCACGUCGUUUGUCUUUUCGGCCGCGAUGCCGGCGAUGCUGGCCAUUGCGUCGAGCACUGCCAUCUCGUACAUGGUCUCGCAACCCUCGAUCCUCGCUACCCUCCAGGAGAAUGUCCGCACGCUGCGGUCCGUGCUCGACCACGUCGAGUGCCUGCGCAUCUCGAGCGACGCCGCCAGCCCUCUGGUGCAUGUCCAGAUCCGCAGCAAGACGGACAAGCACCCGGACACGCCCAUGGAAAAGUGGCAACAGGGCAGAAACAGCCUGGGCGUCGGCAGCGUCAACCUCGACGUCGCCUCGACCGACAAGCGCGGCGCAAAGAGCCCGCUCGACCACGACCUCUCGCCCGCCGAGCAGACGCGGCUGCUCCAGUCGAUCGUCGACGACUGCCUCGAGCACGGGCUGCUGCUGACGAGGACCAAGCGGCUGCCCAGCAUCAACCCGGCGGUGCUCGAGAGCGGGCCAGAGGCGAGGCCCAACAUCCGCAUCGCUGUCAGCGCCGCCUUUACCAAGAAGGAGAUGGAAAAGGCGGCGGCGACCAUCAAGGCGUCGGCGCACCGGAUGCUGGGCAAGCGGAGAUGA